CGGCGGCCGCAAGUGCUCGGCGGCAGGAUCGCUUUGGCCCGGCCUGGCCCGCACGGCGCUGGGCGCGGAGAACCGCCAUGCCGCCGCGGCGCAGUAUCGUGGAGGUGAAGGUGCUGGACGUGCAGAAGAGGCGCGUGCCCAACAAGCAUUAUGUCUACAUCAUCCGAGUCACGUGGUCCAGUGGCGCCACGGAGGCCAUCUACCGGCGCUACAGCAAGUUCUUUGACCUCCAGAUGCAGAUGUUGGACAAGUUCCCCGUGGAAGGGGGACAGAAGGACCCCAAGCAGAGGAUCAUCCCAUUUCUGCCAGGCAAAAUCCUCUUUCGCCGCAGCCACAUCCGGGAUGUAGCCGUCAAACGCCUGAUACCAAUAGAUGAGUAUUGUAAGGCCCUGAUCCAGCUGCCCCCCUACAUCUCUCAGUGCGAUGAGGUGCUGCAGUUUUUUGAGACAAGACCUGAGGACCUGAAUCCCCCUAAAGAGGAGCAUAUCGGGAAGAAGAAAUCAGGGAGUGACCCGACCUCAGUGGACCCUAUGGUCCUGGAGCAGUAUGUGGUGGUAGCAAACUAUCAGAAGCAGGAGAGCUCAGAGAUCAGCCUCAGUGUGGGCCAAGUCGUGGACAUCAUCGAGAAGAAUGAAUCAGGUUGGUGGUUUGUCAGCACUGCUGAAGAGCAGGGCUGGGUCCCUGCAACCUGCCUCGAGGGCCAGGAUGGUGUGCAAGAUGAGUUUUCCCUUCAGCCUGAGGAAGAGGAGAAGUAUACGGUCAUCUACCCGUACACAGCCCGUGACCAGGACGAAAUGAACCUGGAGCGAGGGGUUGUGGUGGAGGUCAUCCAGAAGAACCUGGAGGGCUGGUGGAAGAUCAGGUUCCAGGGCAAAGAGGGCUGGGCCCCUGCUUCCUACCUAAAGAAGAGCAGUGGGGAGCCCUUGCCUCCAAAGCUGGGCCCCAGCUCAUCCGCUCACUCAGGGGCCCUUGACCUGGAUGGUGUUUCCCGGCAACAGAAUGCUGUGGGCAGGGAGAAGGAGCCGCUCAACAACCAGAGGGAUGGCCGGUUUGAAGGUCGCCUGGCGCCAGACGGUGACGUUAAACAGAGAUCACCAAAGAUGAGGCAAAGACCCCCUCCUCGCCGGGACAUGACCAUUCCUCGAGGCCUCAACCUGCCGAAGCCUCCCAUUCCACCCCAGGUGGAAGAAGAAUAUUACACCAUUGCCGAGUUCCAGACCACCAUCCCGGAUGGCAUCAGCUUCCAGGCCGGCCUAAAGGUGGAGGUGAUUGAGAAGAGCCUGAGUGGUUGGUGGUACAUUCAGAUGGAGGAUAAGGAGGGCUGGGCCCCAGCCACCUUCAUUGACAAAUACAAGAAGACCAGCAGUGCCUCAAGGCCCAACUUCCUGGCCCCGUUGCCCCAUGAGAUGACCCAGCUCCGGCUUGGAGAUGCAGCUGCGACGGAGAACAAUACAGGUCCCGAAGCAGUGGGGCCCUCCAGACCCCUGCCUGAGGCACCACACGGAGCUGUGGACUCUGGGAUGCUGUGGUCCAAAGACUGGAAGGGAGGAAAGGAGGCCCCAAGAAAGGCAUCUUCAGAUCUGUCUGCGUCAACAGGAUAUGAGGAGAUCUCGGACCCCACACAGGAGGAGAAGCCUAGCCUCCCUCCACGCAAAGAGUCUAUCAUCAAGUCUGAAGAAGAGUUGCUGGAGAGGGAGAGACAGAAGAUGGAGCCGCACCGGGGCUCCUCCCCCAAACCCCCUGGCAUGAUUUUGCCGAUGAUUCCAGCCAAGCAUGCCCCGCUGGCCCGGGACAGCAAGAAACCAGAGCCCAAACCUGACAAGAGCAAGUUCCCACUGAGAAAUGACAUGGGGUUAGAGUGUGGCCACAAGGUGCUGGCCAAGGAAGUAAAAAAGCCCAACCUCCGUCCCAUCUCCAGGUCCAAAGCUGAGCUGCCCGAGGAGAAGGUGGAACCCAACCCCCAGAAUCUGUUCUUGAAGUCAAGACCUCAGGUUAGGCCCAAACCAACUCCUUCCCCCAAGACAGAGCCAGCUCAGGGUGAAGACCAAGUGGACAUCUACAACCUCAGGAGCAAGCUCCGACCUGCCAAGUCUCAAGAGAAAGCCUUAUUGGACGGAGAAAGCCACCAUGCUGCGGGAGGCCAUGACACAGCCCUCGGCCGAAGCUUCCUUCCCGGGGAGGGACCUGGCCGUGGCCAGGACAGGUCUGGCAGACAGGAUGGGCUGAGUCCAAAGGAGACGCCUUGCCGAGCCCCUCCCAGGCCUGCCAAGACCACAGACCCUGGGCCCAAGAAUGUGCCUGUGCCUGUCCAAGAAGCAACCCAGCAAAGACCUGUGGUCCCACCUCGGAGACCCCCACCCCCCAAGAAAACCUCCUCAUCGCCAUUGUCGUGCAGGCCCCUCCCAGAUGUCAGAGGGUCACAGCGUGAAGAAAGCAGAGCCAUUCCCGCUUCAGGCCGGGCCCUCCUUGUCCCUCCGAAAGCCAAACCCUUCCUUUCCAACUCCUCAGUGGGUCAAGACGACAUUCGAGGCAAAGGUGGUCUGGGGCCACGCAUAGCUGGCAAGGUGGGAGAAACCAGAGAGAAAGCAGCUUCCUUCCUCAAUGCCGAUGGCCCAAAGGACUCGCUGUAUGUGGCCGUGGCCAACUUUGAAGGAGACGAAGACACCAGCAGCUUCCAGGAAGGGACAGUGUUUGAAGUCCGGGAGAAGAACAGCAGUGGCUGGUGGUUCUGCCGGGUCCUCAGCGGGGCACCUUCCUGGGAGGGCUGGAUCCCUUCCAACUACCUCCGGAAGAAACCCUAACUUCCCUGCCCUUCCCGGAGACCCCGCUGUCCCUGCCGGCCUCCCCACUGUAUUUAAGACGCAUCUUAAUUUAUCAAUCUCCACACCAUUUCAAGGAAGGCGGCCAUUGAGGUGCUGGUGGCCCCUUCCCUCUCAGGGUGGAGAGUGCUUGGUGCAGAGACAUCCUGUAGCCUGGGGUCUGGUUCUCCUGUUGUGGCAUCUCCAGAAGUCUCAAAAGCCACAGCCUUCGCUAGGUAGAAACCAUGUGACCGUCCUUGUCUGUAGUAGAACCCAUCCUCCUAGACAACGUCUUGUCACCCAGAGAAGCAGGACAGUGACACUCGCAGACCUCCAGAACUGACGCCGGUCACCUGGAGAACUUCCAGACCACACCUCAGUGCUCAGUCGUAGCACAGAGGGACGGCCCACACAGCCUGUGACAGCUCGCUCUAACUUCUCCAUGUUACUAGAAGCCCAGUAAUGGCUUUGUUCACAGUUCCCAGAAUAGCUGGUACCAGGAAGAACCGAGUCCUGAGAGAAUCAUCUUCUAAGUGCCGAGGAGGUACCGCUGCCCUGAGGUGGUCCCAAAGAUUCGCUUGGUUAUCCUGCCUCCCGAAUACUGACCGUGAUCAGUCCUAAAGGAGCAUGCUUCACUCCUGAAGCCUCUGGUCCAUCCAGGGCUUUUAAAUCCCAAUUCCUGCCCACCUUCCUCCAUCCCUAGUUAACAAGCGUCUCCACAUUUGUUUAAGUAAGGGGGCCAGCCCUUCACAAGGCACACACAUGAGUGCUUCUUUGCCCAGUAGGUGCCAAACUGCCCUUGGCCUUCUGCCUUCUUGUUCUAACCGGCAACUGGCCUCCCCUGUUCUAUCGCACCCAUUUUCUAGAUGAGGAAACUGAGGCUCUACAGGCCCCAGGACAUGCUAGGAAGGAAGUGGCUAGAGGAGGCUUGAGUCCAGGCCUGCCUGAUCCCAACACCCAUGCUCUUCUCCCUGCAAGAACAAACCAGUGAGGGAAGAGAUGGGGGUUGACCGGGUAUCAGGGCAGGUGGCCUGGGGGCUUCCUUACGUUAUGAGCAAAGGGACAGUAGUGACUGCCCUGGACUCACAGCUGCUUCUGCAGGACGGGGCAUACCCUGGAUCCUCAGUAGCUGGUACAGAAUUUCUAGCCUGGUACCCCGUGUGUGGAAGAGGAAUAAAGGAAGCUGAGGCACUGCUCCUCGGUGGCUUGAAGUGGA